CCUGAGAGAAAACCACUCUCCAAAGUGUUGGCGCCAUGGGAUGACUCCACCAGCUGCACCUCAAAAGCUUGCUGACCGACAGGCAUGGUCCCUGGUCCUUUGCAAGUGCUUGCCAAAGCCCUAGAGGUGCAGCUUCUCCUUCUUCCUGUACUUAAGGCGCAGGCCACCACCUAUGAGUUGGCUUUCUAUCACCACUUCCCAGUGGAUAUCUCUGUUUGCUUUGCCUAUGGCUACGGCGAGCCGACAACCUCCAUAGGGCCCCUCAACUACAAGGAAGUGGGCUAUGCUCGCAUUCCUGCGAACAGCAGUACGAAUCAGAUCAGCGUGGAUGUACAGGAGAACUGCAGUGGCCCGAAUGCAUCGCUCGUCAGUGGUGCAGUACAGGUCACCUUGCAGUCCUCCUCCAACCUCUUUGGUGUUGUUGCGGAUGGGCUGGAGACCUGGAAUGCGAGCUCGCCGACCGCGGCAUUGGCAGCCUACCGGAGCAACUCCGUGGCAGAGGUCGAAACAACUGAGGUGGUCGCCUCACUGAGAUUCUGGAACGGUGCAGUUGGCCUGGCCUCAAGCUGUACUGCAGAGAUUGCAGUAGAUGGGGGGCCACAUUACCAGGUGGGUCAACUUGCGGCUGAUCAAGGGAAGCAGGUCAGCUUCACGUGCGAUGCUCUCGAGAGUGGCUUCACUACCCUGGCAUUUCACUGCGGUAGUCAGGCCUUCGAGUUCCGCACCGGUGCAGAGGGCGUGGGUGGAUUCUUGUGCCCAGGAGCCACGUUGCAGGUCUCGUUGGUGGGGUUCCAGGAGGGGAACACUACUGGCAAGGGCCCUUCUGUUGAGCUGGUCAGCAGUUCCGAUUGCCCUUGUGCGCAACGUUGUCGGGCGUCGUGUGCCGUGGCAGAGGGAUGGAGAUCUGCGCAGGUCUCCAGCAUCUUCGUCCUCGUCGUCCUCUGGCUGUGGAGCUGAGCGCUUGCAGCGCUUGCAGGGCACCGAGAGCGUGGUUCCAGGGCACCGAUCUCGGUGCCUGAAACAGAUGGAGGGUGAGGAUCAAGUCAAGUAAAGAGGGG